UAAACAACUCCAGUAGGCCCGGCAUGAUUUCAAAAGGUUUACAGGACCAGAAAAAAAAAUUUUAAAUUAAUUAAUUACGAGAACGAAAUCGAGCCAGCCCGAGCCCCAUGGUUAUGGCGUCGCGCGUGUUGUUGACAACCUUAGUCACGCCUCCUACCACACUUAACAAAUCCCGAGUUAAGCCCUCAACGAGCUCCCAGAAACUAUCUUCCUGCUCAUCGUCAUCGUUGUUUAAGGUUGGAGUUAGAAAUGGGAAGAUAACGUGCAAAGCUGUGAGUGAAAGCUCUCAGGGGUCCAUUGAUCGAACGGUUUAUCAAGGCGCUUAUGGCCCCUGGACCGUUGAUCCUGAAGACGUCCGCGAGGUUGUCUUGUACAGAUCAGGUUUAGUGACUGCUGCUUCAUCAUUUGUAAUUGCCGCAUCUGCUGCACUUUUGCCUGACAACUUUGCGUUGAAAGAAAUUAUUGAGCAAAAUCUUAAUCUGUUAUACGUGAUUAGUACCGGUGGACUGGGCCUAUCCUUAUAUUUGAUUCACAUCUAUGUAACUAAGGUUAAACGUACCCUUCAAGCAUUAUGGGCACUGGGUGUUGUUGGGUCAUUGGCAACGUACAUAGCACUUGCUCAACCAGCUGGGGAGAACUUGGUGCAGUACGUUGUUGAUAACCCGACGGCUGUCUGGUUUGUCGGCCCUCUCUUUGCUUCAUUGACAGGACUUGUUUUCAAAGAAGGCCUCUGCUAUGGGAAGUUGGAAGCUGGUAUUCUAACUUUCGUUAUACCGACAGUUCUUCUUGGGCACCUGACUGGCUUGAUGGAUGAUGGAGUGAAACUUACAUUACUGGCUUCCUGGAUGGCUCUCUUUGUUAUAUUUGCUGGAAGGAAGUUUACUCAGCCCAUUAAGGAUGAUAUCGGUGACAAAUCUGUCUUCAUGUUCAAUUCUCUCCCCGAGGAUGAAAAGAAGGCUUUGGCUGAGAAACUUGAGCUACAGAAAUUGCAAUCGGAUACUUAAGAAGUCGCACUUCAAUAGGAGGUUGUGUUAAUUAAAAUGAGGAAAAGAUUUUUGAGGUAGAUAAUUUUGUUAGUUUCCUCUGAAUGUUGCGUGUGAUGUUUCUUAAGUUAGCUUAUAUGUAUAGCAUGGAAACCUUUUAGCCUCCAGAUGAUUGGUGUCUUCACUUCAUCUGGAAAAUUAAUGUGUGAACAUAGUUGUUACUGUAAAUAACAUAACCAAAUACUUUUACCCUUUACAUACAACAAGUAUAGAAUUGUAGAAUUUUAAUUAUAGAGGACAUGGUCCUUUUGAUGGA